AUGGAAACAGCCAUUGAUGUUGACAAAACUGAUGGCGACAAUAAUUCAAAGGAGAAGAUAGAACAUCGUACAUCAACGAUUAAAAAACUAGGAAAUGAAAAACGAAUUUCAUCGGAUUCAACAACAUCAAGUGACGAUGAACAUGCACUAGUUACUGAUAUAACACCAUGUGUAAAUUUAUCAUUAUUUCUUAGUCUUACUAUUCGUUCAGUCGGAAUUAUUUUUGGUGAUAUUGGUACAUCGCCCUUAUAUGUUGUUAAUACAAUAUUUGAUUAUCAACCAACAGAAGCUCAAUGUAUUGGUGCAAUUAGUUUAAUUGUUUGGAAUUUAAUUGUUGUUGUUAGUAUAAAAUAUGCUAUUUUUAUUCUAAUGGCUGAUAAUCAUGGAGAAGGAGGAACAUUUGCAUUAUGUGGUUUAUUAACAGAUGAGAAAAUAAAAUUAAGUCGAAAAGUCAAACGAGGAAUAAUAAUUGUUUCAUUAAUAGCAGCAUCAAUGUUACUUGGUGAUGGAGCAUUAACACCAGCUGUAUCAGUUUUAUCAGCAAUUGAAGGAUUAACUAUUGAUGUUCCAAGUUUAACUUCAUGGACUGUACCUAUUGGUGUCAUUAUUAUUGUUAUACUUUUUCUUGUACAACGAUGGGGAACAUCUAAAAUUGGUAUUGCUUUUGGUCCUAUUAUGUUUUUAUGGUUUAUAACAAUAUUUACUGUUGGGGUUUGGCGAGUAACAAUGAGACCUGCUAUUCUGAGAGCAUUUAAUCCAUGGGAAGCAUUUCAUUAUCUUUUAAAAGAAAAAACACGAGGUUUUUAUCAAAUUGGUGGUGUAUUUUUAUCUGCAACUGGACUUGAAGCAUUAUAUGCUGAUUUAGGUCAUUUUGGUCGAUGGCCAGUUCGUUCAGCUUGGUUAUUUAUUGUAUUUCCUGCUGUUUUAUUUAAUUAUUUAGGUCAAGGUGCAUUAUUAAUAGCUAAUCCAACAUUAAUAGAUAAUCCAUUUUAUCAUUCAAUACCAAAAUGGUCUCAUUGGCCAAUGAUUGUUUUAGCAACAGCUGCAACAAUAAUUGCUUCACAAGCAAUCAUAACUGGUAGUUUUUCAUUGAUUAGUCAAGCAAUUGGUAUGGAAUGUUCAGUACCAUUUAAAAUCUAUCAUACAUCAAAAACAAUUAUUGGUCAAAUAUAUAUUCCAGCUAUAAAUUAUGUUUUAAUGUGUCUUACAAUUAUAAUUAUGGUUGGAUUUGGUAAAAGUUCAAAAAUAACAAAUGCAUAUGGUGUAACUGUUUGUAGUGUUAUGUUAAUAACAACUGUAUUAUAUAUGUGUGUUAUGCAUUUUACAUGGAAAAAACCGUGGUAUUUUAUUUUACCAUUUGGUUUAUUUCUUAUUAUUGAUAUGUAUACAUGGGCAUCAAAUGCAACAAAAAUUCCUUCAGGUGGAUGGGUUGCUAUUGUUAUUUCAGUUGUCUUUUUUACAUUUGGAUUUUGUUGGUAUUUUGGUCAAAUGAAUUUACAUCGUUUUCAAAAAGUUCAUACACAAACAACUAGUCUUCAUACUUUAGCAAUAAGACUUGGAUUAACAUCUGGUAAUACACGAGAAAAUUCUCGUUAUUCUCUUCCUGAUCUCCCGAUGAUAUCAACAGCUAAUCCAAUUGAUUUUCAUGAUGAUUCCGAUUCAAAUUCUGAUGAUGAAUUUCAAGUUAAGAAUAAAAAAACUCUACCUAAAGUUCACAGUCGUGUACGUUUAGUAGAAAAUAUUCCAGUUCGAUCAGUAUCAAUUAUUUCAUCUUAUCUUCAUGAUAGUAAUAAUGGAUAUGAAGAUAAUACAAUACCAGCUGUUGUUACACCAUUUGUUGGUUGUUUUUUAUCAAGUUCAACAAAACAUACACCACAUGUAUUUGAAAAUUAUUUAACACGUACAUCUUCUGUACCACAAGUUAUUAUAUUUCUUCAUAUUGUACAUACAAAAACAUCAACUGUUAACGAUAAUAAACGUCUUACUGUUAAACAAUAUGGAGAUAGUAUAUAUCAUAUUACGGCAUUGUAUGGGUAUUCAGAAAAUCGAAUAAAACCAUUUGAUAUUUUAUUACUUGCUCAUAAUCAAUGUCGUGUACCUAUACCAGAUGAUGAAUUAAAAUUAACAUUAUUCAUUCCAAAUGCAACUAUUAAAGUAUCAACAAAAGGAUGGAGAAGUUGGAUUAGACGUUGGCCUUUAUAUCUUUAUUCAAUAUUAAAAAGUAUUUAUCCUGGAGCAGCUGUAAAUGUUAAAUUAAAUCCGGAAAAUACAAUUAAUAUUGGAAUAUUAGCCAAAUUAUAA